AUGAAUGAUUAACUAUUGAAUUAAACAUUAUAAAGUACUGAUAUAGAAGAACUUGAAUAUCCAUUUCAAAUAGUUUUAAUAGGCGAUUCAGGUGUUGGAAAAACAAGUUUUUUGAUUAGAUUUUCUGAGGAUUAAUUUUUUAAAAACGUAAAUACAUCAGUCGGAAUAGAUUUCAGAUAUAGAAGUUUAAUUAUAGACAAUAAGCAAAUAAAACUUAAAAUAUGGGAUACAGCAGGUUAAGAAAAUUACAGAGCAAUUUCAAAAAGAUAUUUUUAAAAAGCAGAUGCAGUUGUUCUAAUGUUUGAUAUAACAAAUAAUGAAAGUUUUGGAAAUCUAUCAUAUUGGUUAGAAGAGUUAAAUCAAAAUUGCAAAGAUACGAAUAUUCCGAAAAUUUUGGUAGCGCAUAAAGGAGAUUUAAAUUCAAAGCGAACUGUUCAUUUUGAAGAAAUAGACGAUUUUGUUAUAGAAAAUAACAUGGAGUUUAUUGAAGCUAGUGCAAAAGAAAACAAUAAUGUAAUAGAAACUUUUGCAAAAUUAGGAGAGAUUUUAAUAAGAAUUUAUGAAAACGGAGAACUUAAUUUCAAUAAAUAUAAUAGAGAAAUGUUAAUAACAAAGUAAAAUAAAUUAAAAAGUUAAAGACAGUAAUUACAAUAAUGUAAAUGUUGUAUUAAUAGUUGA